AUGGAUAACCAACAAGAUAAAGUCAUUGCUGCCUCAGCCAAUGGAGAAAACAGUCUGAUUAAUGGGAUCAAAGAAAAUGACUCAGAGGACCAGGAUAUGGCAAUGAAGUCAUUUGUAGCUCUAGAAGCUACUACACCAGUCCAACCUAUACCAGUGGUACAAAAAGAGUCCCCAAUGUUUCCUAGGGGUCUCCUACCUCUGCCGUCUAAGAAACCGUGUGUGCAGAGCCCUCCGUCUCCUUUGGGCCUGAUUGAAGCACCUGAUCAUUCUGCUACUAGUGCUUCUGUGAAUGCCAUCUCCCUCACAUCUGGAGUUGCAAAAGCCCUGAACACAUGGUCACUGCCCAGUGAGUGUGAGAAAGCGCCAUUUGCCAUGAUGGAGCCUGCAGGCAUGUCAGCUCUGAAUGGAGACUGCCUCAUGCAGCCAAGCCGGACUUGCUUAGGUUGCUUCAUGGAAGCAAAAGAAGCAGUAGAUCCUGAACCAGGAAUCAGUCUGAAAGUUGGUGAUCUAAAUAGAGAGUAUGAAACAUGUGCAGUCUCUGAUAUAGGGAUUCAGUGCAUUAAUGCUGGAGAAAAUAUGAAAUAUGGAGAGCAGCUGCUUUCAGACCAGCUGUUAGGCUUCCCCCUGCAUAAAUCAAGGGCAGGAGAUAGACGAGAACCUGAAAAGCCUGACAUUGACUUGGAAGAUCCAACUCAGAAAAGUUAUUAUGAGGCACUACUGUUAGAUAAGUGCAAUACAGAAGAAGCUUUACUGGCAAAUUCCAAUCAGGAUUGGGGUUACUUUGAGACUUUUAUUAGUGAGAGUAAGAUUGAACUACUUGACCUCUGUUCCAAGAAUGAACUAUCUGUUAACCUUUUCUCCGAAGAAGAUGUGGAUAACUAUAUGUUUGAUGAUGAUGAGUCAACACUGGGCAGUGAUGUCUGCUCCCUCAAAAUUCGAUACGAGUCCUUUCAGGACAAUGUUCGAGAUAAGACCACCCUUCUGAUGCAGGAAGAUGCCCAAUUCAAUUUUUUCCCCAGUGUCUUUACUACAUGUCCCAAGACAUCUAAGAGUGGAAUCCUCAAGCAGAGCAGCGAUCUUUCUCAAUUCAAGGUCCCUGAUGUGAGCAUCAUCUGGGGAGAGGAAGAUAAAAACAUGGACAAGAAAAAAGACAAAGAGGGAGUGCAUGAAGACAAAAGUAUAGAGAAAAAAGAUGAAAAAGAUAAUGGAGAAAAGCCUGAAUUAAAUAAUAAACCAUGUAGUGGGCUUGAGGUAGAGCAAUUUAAGAACCUAAAGCCGGACCAUCUUACUAAUUCCCUGGAGACAUCAGGAAAUUUCAGUGAUGAUAAUUCCUUCAUUGAGGUCUCAUAUGAUGCCAUGGGGGAGAUCAAAGACUGUAGCCGCUAUAUGUCUCGGGAAACUACUUCUGGAAGCUCUUCCUCCCAGCAGAACUAUGGACUGAGAGCCAAGAGAAAAGUCAGAUACAGUGAAGAUUAUCUAUAUGAUGUUGACUCACUAGAAGGGGAAAAAGUAAAUGAGAGAAAGGAUUGGCCUCCAGGUGGUGCGAAAGAAGAAGAUGAUGAUGAAUGGUGUCCCAAAAAGAGAAGGAAAGUAACCCGUAAGGAGCCCCCUGUUAUUAUCAAAUAUAUCAUCAUCAAUCGUUUUAAAGGUGAGAAGAACAUGCUGGUGAAGCUAAGUAAGGUAGACGCCAGUGAGACAACGGUAAAUCUGAGUGAGAAUCAGCUCAGUAAGUAUGCCAAGUUAUCACCUUUGAAGGGCUUCUGGCAAAAGAAGAAAAAGCAGAGAAACAGCAACACAGACUCCAUCAAAACACCCUUAUGCCAGAAGCAAAGCUUUGAACCAGGUAACUUUGAGGUGUCAUUCCUGCCACCUGCUCGUAAACGAAAAUCUAAGCUUGGCAACAGACACAGGAUUCAAAGGAUCCAAUCCAUGGAAACUUCGGCAAGCAGUAAGCAGGUUUCAUUCUGCAGUGAUCAAAGACCAGCUAGUAAUCGCAAAGAAGAAGGCAGCUUCAAAGGUACACCAAAGUCAGCACCUCUUGCUGCUCCAAGCUGUGCCAGUGGGUCACAUUUACGUGGCAUCAUAGUCCCUGACUCAGUCAAAGUCAAAACUCAAGACUCGGAGUUUAAGGGGCCAGAAAGGAAAGUGCUCAACAAAAUUAAAUUUAAAAGUGAAGCUAGGUUAAAAUCCAAAAAAGUCAAAACCGGACAAGAAAACAAACCAGUUCAAAUGAGCCCUGUCUUAGAAGACCAAUCUUCCAAGGCUAAUUUAAAAAAUGAAGUCAUUCCUGGAACCUCAAACAGUUCCCAUCUGUCUGAAUUUCAUGAGACAAAGGUUAAGAAUUCCACUUUCUUACCAACCACCUGCUCUUCUGAAAUGCCUUUAUCUUCUGCUACUGUUGCCACUAAUAUACCUGUUAUCCCUGGAGGGUAUCUGCAAACACUGUUAGAUGCUUCUGACUUGUCAAAUAAUACUAGUAUCUCAUACUUCACCAACCAUUCUCCAGAGCAAAAUGAAGCCAGCCUUGUUCAAACGGAAAAAUCAUUUGUACCUCUCCAGUCUUCUCAGGACUGUGUGCUGUCCUCAUCUUCUGAGUCUGAGCUGCAACAAUCAUCUCAUGACUUCAAAAUGGAAGCAAGCACCUACGGAAGCCUGUGGUCCAACAAGGCUACAUCUGUCCCACAAGAGUUCAUGACUGAAGUCUCAAGGGAGAUCACCACAAACCAAUCUGAUGAAUUCGAAGCGUCCGAAGUAGUCUCCAUGGAGAAUAACCUCACAACAAUAACAUACAGUCCUCUCUGCCUCAACAGUGGCAGCAAUGGUUGCAACAAGGUUCUGUAUACCUCUCUGCCGGACUCCCAUCUCUCAUCUGAUGACUCUUAUCAAUUGUGUCACUUUAAUAAUGGAGAGAUCUGCUUUCCUUUCCAGCAGGCUCCAGUCAGUACAGACGAUGACAGCCGGCUCUUUAACUUUGAUUCGAUGACUCCCCUUUCUGUCAGUUCAAGCAAUUAUUGUCCCUUAAGCUUGAAAUCCUGUGAAAAGGAUGGUGACGAUGAGAUCACUGAUGACUUCUUGGCCCACUGCAGUCCGAAACUGGUGAUCCAGCAGAGCAUUGAUGAGAUAGCACCACUAAAGGAGUCCACUGACCUCCUCGAUAUCUCCAACUUCACUCCUGACAAAUUCCGCCACUCUUCCCUCUCAGAAAUGUCUCCACCGGACACACCCAGCCUUUCUCCUCAGAGUACCAGAUGUGAGAGUGUCAAAACACUAGGAACAAUGAAGGGAUUCCAAGAGGGUGUCCCAGGAUCGUUGGGCAGCGUGGAGAAAAUCAAAUGGGACUGUGGUACCCUUUCACAACAAGUUCAAGUGGAUGAUGCCUUUACAGUAAAUAACCAUCCGUUUCAAUUCCAUAUGUUCAACGAUGAGGACUCUGUUAGCCUGCUCCAAAAAAACCCAUGCCUGUCAACCUUUGACGAGUCAGCUGGACAAAUUAAUGCCAACAACAAAGUGUCAAAAACAAGAAAGAAAGUUUCACCUGGCAAGAGUGGGGCCGUGAGCCAGAGUUCAUCACAGAAAAACACCAGGAAAAAGUCCCCCAAAGCCAGCAACAAAGGGGGUGAAAAGCCACCUAGCAAAACCUCCCGCCAGGUUUCUAAAUCAACAAAGAAAGGGAAACAUGUGGCUGCUGUCAAUGGAGAGAAAAUGCAGACUGGGAAUGGCCGUAGUGGGGGCCAACCCAACAACACAUCCUCCAGUGGAAAGACUGAAUGUAUUCAACAUGGUGGUCCUGUUGACCCUGUGAAGAUGCCAAGUCAGAAGGGACUUUCGGGAGACUGGGCUUUGGGAAAGGAAAGCAAGCCAGCCUGGAAUGACAUGAGUACAGUCACUAGUACCAACAACCUUCUGGAUGAUGACCAACGGGAAUUUCAAGAGCCUUCCUAUAUCUUGUCCAACAUUGCCUCUGGUAUGGCAGAUGUGCAAAGAUUCAUGAUGGCCUCCAUAGAGCCCCUUUGGGAACCCAUGGAGCAGCAAGGGGAGUCCAACACAUUCUACUCCCCUGAAUCCAAUAGCCUGAAAUUAAAAACCCUCAAAAUAUUAGCUGGUACACCACAAGAAUCUAAGAAAAAGGUUAAUAAUGGAUCAUCAGGAGCUACUAAGAAUCACAGAUCAGUCAAAGGUGUGAGCAAAAGCAACGGGAAAGCAGCAGUUGCUGAUCCUGGUCGUGCAGACAUGCCUGGUUACAAUGAGGACUCUCAAUCUGCCUUCUUUGAUAAAAAGUACAGUAACAUGAGCACUUUAGGCAAUAAUGGACCGACACACAAGAAAUUAUAUCGUCACAAAUCCAGCUCCAAGACCCUGCGAGAUGAGAAAUAUAAGGGGAAACGUGUGGAACGAGAACAGGUCCACAAGGAUGAGGCUGGGACAGCUUCUUUUGAAAAACUGAGGGAUUCCAACUACAAUCUCCUAAAAGCAGAAACAGCAUUUUGGGUUUUACCUGUGUUUGAAGAAGAGACUCACAUUUUCCAGAAAGACAUUUAAUGUUUGUGUUUUAUUUCUUUCAAAAUAAGCUUUGUGGUAUGUAUGUUGACCUGUAAGUGCUUAAAAAAAUUUAAAUUGUGGGAAUAAGUCUUUGAAAUCAAACUUUAAUCUGAUGUUCUGUGUAAAAGACUUUAAAAGUCAUACAGUUGCACAAGUAGUUCAUGCACUGUUUGCCCACAAGGAAAAAAUGGAAAACAUUGUGCCAAACUACAAAUAAGUAACUGUACUGUAUAUAGUUUUACUUCUAUAUCAACAUUUGGUUGUGAGUAUUUGGGGGGACUUGUCCCUGUUAAUUUACUAGAAACAUUCCAGUGGUUCUUGCUAUUAAGCACCCCCACUUUUGUGGCUAGCACCUGUAGAUCAGUGGAAACAUAUGUUGUGUUAUAAAAUUACCAAAACAAAGGAAAAUGUUUGAAUUGUGCCAAAUCUUCUUACCUCAUCUCCCACAUUCACCCCAUCAUCAGAUUAAAGCUCAUCGGUGAUUAUUAAAUCUAUAUGUAUAUACACACUCACAUAUGUGUAUACAAUAUGCAUGUGUGUUUACAUAUAUACACACAUCCAUACAUACAUUCUUUUGACUGUUUUAAACUCUACUAUCUUGUGUGGAAACAUGAACAAUUAAACAAGGCACAAUAAAAAUUUGUUUGUUCCUAAGUCUAAGGAUUAAAAUAUUGGAAAGGCUUGAAGGUCACAACAGCUAAGUCCAUCAGGGACAGAGUAUUUGCAUUUACAGAACCUUGUACAAGGAAAUAAAACAGCUGCUUUGAAAGUUUGUUUUCCAAAGCAAAAUCUGUAGCGGAAAGUAAUUUAAAGUGCAAAGUUAUAUUGCUGAUACUUUAUAUCUCAGUUUUAUAUAUUUUAUAAUAGUCUGGGAUAAAUUAUAAAAUAGAUAUAGAAUUGACACUAAUAAUAAAUGAAAUACAUAGAUUGCUUUUAUUUAAGUAGUUUCCUAAAUGUUUUAUUCCAGUUUUGUCAAAAGUGCACUCACAACAUGGCUUUAGUGUUCUUUAAAUGUUGAGCUUGCAAAGCCAAUGUCAUUUUUAAAAAUGAUGUGACAUCACAGAUUGACAAAAUUUUCCUUCCUGUGUUUAAAUACAUAUAGAUCAGGUAAGACGAACAAUAUGUGAAAACAACCAACUGAGGCCAUUUAUACAUAGUAUGAGGAUGACUACUCUUUGUUAUCUUAUAAUAAACAUAAAUCUCAAAUUUUAAUAAUUUUUAAAAAUCACAUUUUUGGUUCACCCCUCCCUCCCACUACCUUUAAAAAGCUUUUCACAGUUCCAACAUUCCUCACUACUAGCCUUUUCUUCCCCUUUAUUCACCACUUGACUCCUAACAUUUGUUCUCUUUUCCUUGCACAGUUAAAGGCCUAUGUGCCUGAUGACUGGUGCACUGUGGCACAGAUGAGAUAGUGGAUGUGAAAGCGCUUUGUAGAUCCUAAGUGCUAUACAAUAUAGGGGAUUAAUAUUAUUAAUGUUGUUGGUUGUUGUUGUUGUUACUACUCUUACUAAUAUUGUUACUAACCUAUUAACUUG